UUAAAAAGUUUUCCCAAAAAUUUCGUGUGUUUUCUUUUUGUGAGAGCGCGAUUCAGUCAGUAUGUUUGAGUGCACACGGUGCCGUACACGAAAGGGAACCCUCAGCUCUGAGCCGGAAUUCGAGCUUGUUGGACCGAAAAUUGGCCCAGACGGCCGCCAAAUUAAGGGAGUGUCGGACAUUUGCCACGUCUGUAAAUGCCUCACCUUCUUCGUCCAACUGGGUGCCGAAGAUCGAUCCCGUCGGGUAUCCGUUUUUGAGUUCCAUGGCAUUGCACCGCCGCCACUGCCACCCCGGUCGGUCUCUCAGCGCAGGCAAAGAUUAGAGGAGUCUGGCGACGGGAAGCACCGUCCUUGCCAGCGAAAUAUAUACACCCCGAGGACCCGCAGUAAGUCCAUGGCCUGUGGGACGGUUUCUCACCUUGCCAACUCUUUCAAGAUGUCGCAGCAAGCCUCUUGUGGCUUGUUUUCAACCGAAACUACCGGGCCGAAGAGCUCCGACAUAGUCUCCAACAAAAAGACCAGUGAGGGUUCCUUCCUAAGCAGCCCCAACAUGGACAAAGGAAAGGAUGAGAAGGGGAAGUGGCAGCGAAUGAAGAAGUUGGAGAAGAUUCGACGUCGUUUUGAGGGCUUGGAAGUACUGGAAAGCCCCAAAAAGUCUGAAGAGCCGCCACAGUAAACAGACGAAUUGAGACGAAUUGUCCAAAGAUGCCGACACGGAGCAGAAGUCCCUUGAAAACACUUAAUAUUUCCCAUAAAGUAAAUUUGUAAGAAAUACUCACUACGAGUAUGUAGAUUCAUUAAA